CAUAAUAAAAUGGCGAGAAAAUAACAAUAUUUUACGCCAUUCGCUAGCCAUUCUCUCUGGUUCUAAGGCAGAGGAAUAUUCUCUAUUGGUUUCUAUAAUUGGUUAGUCAUUUAUAAGGAUUAUUUAUAAACAAAAAUGAGACUGGACGAUGAAAUGACAGAUGCGGACGACAAGAUGGAAGUUAAUGGCAGCGAGGAUACAGAAAUGGUCGACGAUGAACCUUCAACAGAGAAUGCAUCUUGUUGUUUAUCGGUAACUAAUGUCCCCGAUGCUGUUUUUGAUGAUGAAAAUAUAAAGCAAGAACUUGCUCAAUUAUUUACUGCUUUUGACGAAGAAGCAAAAGUUUCCUACCUAAAAAGUUUCAGACGAGUGAGAGUUGCCUUCAGAGAUGCAGAUCAUGCCAGUGAUGCAAAGAUUGUUUUGAAUGGCUGUACAUAUCGAGGCUGUGAACUUGGUGUUUAUUUUGUAAAGACACAACCAUGCACAUCUAGUGGUGAGUCUUCCCAACUCCGACCACCGCCGCUAACCAAGCAAUUCCUGAUAUCACCACCAUCAUCCCCCCCUGUUGGAUGGGAGCAAACACAUGAAUCACAUCCAGUAAUUAAUUAUGAUCUCUUACAAGCUAUGGCUUCAUUAGAUAAAUCAGAGCCUUAUGAACUGCACCCCCCUGAUAUCAAUGCACCUAGCAUUGUAGUCCAUUUGUGUGAUAAAGAUGAAGGGAUUGAUGAACAGGAGGGGGAAGUGUUUCACCCAUUAAAAAGCUUACCAAGGGAGGUUGUACAGACAAGAAGACCAAAUGCAGAGUAAGCAUGGCAGUUGGCGACCAUGAUAGUGAUGUCUUUGGUGUUUUUAUAGCAAAAAAUGGAUAAAAAAGUACAAUUGGUUAUUGAAUAGAUAUGGUCAAUACAAACUAUUUUAAUAUGGGGGUUAUAUUCCUCGCACUUUUUCAAGUCAGUUAAAAUAGUCCUAAGCUGUUUUGCUUUUCCUUUGCAAAAAUCAUAAGGUAGUUUUGCUGUUUCUUCAAAGAAAACAUGAAAGUGGCUUAAAAUUAGACAAUGUAGCAAUACAUAUUUUCUAGUUUUUCCAAGCCCAACAUAAAAUAUGUUAAUUUUUAUUCAGCUAUAAGCUUGUACAGGCCUCCUGUCCUCAAGCACCCUUAGAGGAACUGGGUAACCUGGUAACUCAGGUUAAAGAAUUCUACUUGCAUUGGAUCCUGUGCUAUAAAUUGUAGAUAUUUAAAACUUUUUUUUACACCCAAACACUGUAAGGAUAGAGUCGUUCUCAUUAACCCGUGGAACAAAGUGUAAUAGUAAAGGAGAGACAAAGUGUAUGAGGGUGUAAUAGUAAAGGAGAGACAAAGUGUAUGAGGGUGUAAUAGUGCUAUUAGUUAAAUACUCUGCCCACCACACAAAAUUUCAAAUUCAUAUUUAUUAAGGACACAACUGCAAAAUUGCAAUUUCCGCAAUUUAUUGACUACCCUGCGAUUUUCCACGAACGCAUUUCUUGACAUUUAGAGCGCUUAUGUGUUCAAAAGCAUUUACAAUAGCAAGCACAUGGGUCAGUCUUACAUGGGUAUUGUGUUCUUAUACAAUAGGAAAAAAUUCCUAUGCAAAUAUCUGUGUUACUCGUGAAUAAAAGAGCAGAGAAGUUGUAAUGAAACGUAGUAAAGAAUAAAGUGCUAAGGUGUGUUCCACGGGUUAAUGAGAACGACUCUAAAUGUGUGAAAUGAUUAAUGUAAUUAAUAAAUAGUAUUGAUGAGUUAAUACCAAUGAUUGUGAAUUAAGGUAUUGAUGAAUUGUAUAUUAAUUUAUCUUGACAAAAGUGGUAUUUCAAGUGUGUAAAAUGGAACAACAAUAAACAAACUCUAAAUCUA